UAUGUCUUUUUGUAGUCACGGAAUAUAAAUAAAUGUGUCGAUUUCAUCUCUUUCUUUAACCUGUUCGAGGAAUUUUGACCAUUAUUUACGUUCAAUUUUUGACAUCAAAUUGUUAUUUCUAGGUUAUGAUGUCAGUUUUAUUUUUCUGUUCCUCUAUAUGAAAUUGGGUUACAAUUAUAUAUUAUUUUCCUAGAAUUUCUAAUCGAUUUUUUUUAAUUUUAUGAGAUUCGUGAUGAAUUUAGGGUUUCUGUUAUUGGAAUUUAACUUUGUAGAAUCAUAAUGUUGUCCUUGUCUGAGAAUUCAUGAAUGGUUUGAUUGAGUAAGAAUCUUGGGGUGAGGCUGUGAUUAUUUGGACUGCAGGUCAUGUGCCGUCAAAACUCAUGCUUGCAUUUGUCUGCGGAGGAGUCAGAUACAGCUGUAGAGAAUCUCUUAGUAUAUUGCAAGCCUGUUGAGUUGUAUAAUAUUCUUCAUCGCCGUUCUUUACACAAUCCUUCGUUUCUUCGAAGAUGUCUGAAAUACAAAAUACAGGCAAAGCGUAGAAGGAGGUUGGGGGCUGGAAUUGUAAUUUUCAACUAUAAGGAUUAUGGCAAUAUGCUACAAAAGACUGAAGUUACUGAAGAUUUCUCAUGUCCAUUUUGCUUGAUGCAAUGUGCUAGUUUUAAGGGUCUGCGGUAUCACUUGUGCUCAUCACAUGACUUAUUCAACUUUGACUUCUGGGUAACAGAGGAGUAUCAAGCAGUGAAUGUCUCAGUGAAAAUUGAUUCAUUGAUAUCCGAGACUGUGGCAAGUGGAGUAGAUCCACGAGUAGAAACUUUCUGCUUCUGCUCAAAACCUCAAAAACGUAAGCCUACAAACCCUCUUCAGAGUGGGAAGAAUGUCAAUGUACAAUUUUUGGAGUUGGACUCACCCAAAAUGACCAGUGAAAGCAGGCAGAAUGGAUUUCUGGAGAAUGAUGAUGGUGAGAGGGCUUCCAAAUCAAUUCCUAUUGAGAAAGAUUUGCAGAAUGGAUGGCAUGGUGUGGAAAACUAUGGUUCUGAUUAUACUAGUACAACAGAGUGUCUUGCACGGGUUGCGACUAGCUGUGAUGGUCCAGGAGUUUCAAUUGCAAUGGCUCAUUCUCCUGUCGACCCUGACUGUAUUAAAUCAUUAUCUGGAAGUGAUACAGCUGUUCCUCCGGCGAAAACAAGGAAAAUAGUGGCAGAACGAUCCGAACCUAGGAACCGCAUGCUCCUGCUGAAACGCCAAUUCUUUCACUCACACCGAGUUCAGCCAAUGGCAUUGGACCAAGUAAUGUCAGAGAGAGACAGUGAAGACGAAGUUGAUGAUGACAUUGCAGAUCUUGAAGAUUGCAGGAUGCUUGAUGAUUUUGUGGAUGUUAGCAAAGAUGAGAAGCAACUUAUGCAUCUUUGGAACUCGUUUGUUAGAAAGCAAAGGGUUCUGGCUGAUGGUCAUGUUUCCUGGGCAUGCGAGGCUUUCUCUAAACUCCAUGGGCCAGAGUUGGUCCAAUCACCUGCUCUCUUUUGGUGUUGGAGGUUAUUCAUGAUCAAACUUUGGAAUCAUGGUCUUCUUGAUGCCUGCGCAAUGAACAACUCUAGCAUGAUACUUCAAAGAUGCCAAAACGAGGGAUUGGAUGCAUUGAAAAGCUGAAAUAUUAUGAACAUUGUACACAACUUCAGCAUCUGGUUUAGAGAUGAUACAGUGUAUGCACAUCGGUUUUCUCCGAUUGUGAUCCAUUCAUUCCUUUUUCAUUCUUUCUAUCACAAAUUUCUUCUAUUUGGCCGGAAUUGGUUUGCAAAUAUUCUUUCUCGAGGUAACUGAAUGCUUCCUUCUCAUUGUUGUAACAGCAAUACCUUAUUCAAUACUGGCCAUAGGUUCACUUUUUUAAGUUAAAGACUUUAAUGGAUUUCAGUAGACUUGAUAAUUCGUGUAUUUACAUUGUAUUCAUGUUAUGUUGUGUCAAACACAUGUAAAAACAUGAAAAAUUAUUGUGUCAAAUUCGUGUUGACAUGUCUAACACAAAAUACUCUUUUUUUGUUGAAUACAGAUAUAAUUUUUAUUAAA